GCUCUCAUUGUGUCUUUCCUUCAGGAUGGAGUGAUGGCGGUGGAGGUUAAGAAAAAGAGUGGGAAGACAGGGUUUGGGAAAAAUAAAAAGCUGAAAGGCUCCGGCUGCAGGUGUGGCUCACUUGCUGGCGGUGGUGAAGGUGAAGCAUCCUUUCUGGUGGAACUGCAUGUCCCUGAUCCGACGCAUGGAUUGGAUCUGGGGCUGGAAGGCGCAGAAGUCAUUGUAGUGUCUGUAGUCACCGCACUCAAACAGGACAAAAUGACUCACCACUGCACCAAGUUCUCCGGCCACUGGAAGAUCAUAGUGUACGAUGAGGAGUGCUUCCAGGGCCGUCGCCACGAGUUCACCUCUGAGUGUUGCAACGUGAUGGACUUUGGCUUCGAGACUGUGCGUUCACUCAGGGUGGAGAGUGGAGCCUGGGUGGGUUAUGAGCACGCCUCCUACCAGGGACAGCAGUUUGUCCUGGAGAGGGGCGAGUAUCCCCAGUGUAAUGCUUUUGGUGGUAGCAAUGCCUAUCACAUUGAGAGAAUGACUUCCUUCAGACCUAUCGCCUGUGCUAACCACAGAGAGUGCCGUAUGACUAUCUAUGAGCGUGAGAACUUCAUGGGCCGUAAGGGUGAACUUAGCGAUGAUUAUCCCUCCCUCCAGGCCAUGGGCUGGUGCAACAAUGAAGUCGGCUCUCUCAGGAUCCAGUCUGGAGCAUUCGUCUGCUACCAGUACCCUGGUUAUCGUGGCUACCAGUAUAUCAUGGAGUGUGAUCGUCACUGUGGGGAGUACAAACACUUCAGAGAGUUUGGCUCUCACUGCCAGACUCCUCAGAUCCAGUCCAUCCGCCGUAUUCAGCAGUAACAACAACACCCUAAACUCUUUUCUCCAGUGUGACCCUUCACUUUCGAACCCUGUUGCCUCCCAGAGCUGAAUAAACUGUCUUUCUUAAACCUCA